AUGUUCCUUAUGACAUUCAAUCUUAGCAGCUUUCAAACAAAUUUCACCGAUACGAGCGCUGUUAAUGUUAUCGAUGACAAUCAGAGUCAAAUUUUCAACUACCUACCUAAGAAUGGAUUGCAGCAGAGCUUUGAAAACUUAUCCUUGACAUCCACGCACUAUCUCUCUAUUUCCAAGAAUGCAUCCCAGAGUCCAAACCUUCGACCGGUUCAAGCGAAAAUACCGGAUGUUACAAUUCCAAAGUUGAGAAUUUUGCGCGCAAACGUAUUUCAAUACCUCCAUACUUAG